UAAAAAAGGAUAUUGUCAGAAUCUACUCUAGACUCAAAAAAAUCAAGCAAAAAUAACGGAAAAGGAGAACAAACACAAAUUUUACCGAACGGAAAUCUAAUCCAGUGAGUGUGCUUAACAACAACAACAACAACAACAACAACAACAAUAUCAAUUAUAAUAAUAAUAAUAAUAAUAAUAAUAAUAAUAAUAAUAAUAAUAAUAACAAUAAUAAUAAUAAUAAUAAUAACAAUAACAAUAAUAAUAAUAAACACGAAUAAGUGACUAAAACGGAAAAAUAGAGUUAUUAGAGUGCAAUGAUGUCGACAUGUUACUCCUGGAUACAGUGGAUUUGGAACAGUCUUUGUGGAAGUACGCCCGCACGCCCACGCAUGACGCCCUUCAGGAGAGAAAAACUCCUGUACGAGUUCAACACUUUUUUGGACGAAAACCACGACGGCGUUUUGGAAGAGUGUGACCUGAAGCUUGCUGUCGAGAGGUUAUGUCGUCGAUACAGCUGGGCACCGGACGACCCUCGGGCAGUCAGGGUAAAGGCACUCAUGAGGGACCUUUGGCUCUCUCUCCGGCUGCACGUCGAUAAGGACCAGGAUGAUAAGGUCACCCGGAUGGAGUGGCUGUCGUUAUGGAGAGGCGUGCAGAAAAAUGCAAGUGAGAAGACCCGCCUGACUUACGCAGAGGAGAAGCCAGCGAUACCCUCUUGGAUGAAGGAAUAUUUCCACUACAAGUUCCUGCUCCUCGAUGUCGCUGGGGACGGCGUGCUGGACGAGGAGGAAUUCGUGUUUGUCAUGACCCAGUACGGGGCCGUGGAGGGGGUCGCCAAAAAGUCGUGGUUUCUCAUGACGCAGGGACGCCGUAUCCUUCCCCAGGACUCGUUCUACCGCCUGUGCGAAGAGUUCUUCCUGAGCGACCAGCCGACGGACCCCGGGACCUUCCUUGCCGCCAGACUGUACUUUCUCCCGGGCGAACAGAGGGCCAGCGAACCGUAGGAGUGCC